ACGAAGAAGAAAAAGAAGCGGAACUGACGACCAUGGCGGAAGUUAUCUUUAUUAAAACAACAACGCGCCAAAUUUGUGCUUAAGUCCCUGUUGUCACUGCUUCAGACCUCAGACACAUAGACAAGUUUGUCUAAGCUUUGAGGAGACAUUUGGAAAACGCUGCUGGCUGAGGAAGGCUUUGAGGCAUGGCUGUGCCUUUUGUGCAAGACUGGGACCUUGUUCAGACACUGGGAGAAGGAGCCUAUGGAGAAGUGAGGCUGCUGGUGAACAGACAGACAGAGGAAGCGGUAGCAGUGAAGGUGAUCGAUACCUCUCAGGCCAAAGAGUGUGCUGAAAAUGUCAAGAAGGAGGUCUGCGUCCAUAAGAUGCUCAACCACGCCAACAUCGUACGUUUUUUUGGCCAUCGGAAGGAGGGUACUACUAUGUACCUCUUCCUGGAGUACUGCACCGGAGGAGAGCUGUUCGACCGAAUCGAGCCUGAUGUUGGGAUGGCGGAGAAAGAUGCUCAUAGAUUUUUCCAGCAGCUGAUAGCAGCUGUGGAAUACCUCCACUGUGCUGGAAUCACCCACAGAGACAUAAAACCAGAGAACAUUUUGCUGGAUGAUAAAGAUAACCUGAAGCUGACAGAUUUUGGCCUGGCCACCAUGUUUCGUUUCAGAGGACGAGAGCGUCCUCUGAGUCGACUCUGUGGGACUCUUCCUUACGUGGCUCCGGAGCUUCUCAACCAAACGGAGUACAAAGCUCAGCCUGCAGAUAUCUGGGCUUGUGGGAUAGUCCUCACCGCCAUGCUGGCUGAGUUGCCGUGGGACCAGCCAACUGAGAGCUGUCAGGAGUAUUCAGACUGGCUUCAAAAGAAAACAUACCUACCUCCUUGGAAGAAAAUACAACCGAUGCCUCUUAGUUUGUUGUCCAAAUUACUGCUGGCCAGUCCAGAUGCACGCAUAAUCAUCGCAGACAUACAGAAAGACCGCUGGUUUACUCAGAGUGUAAAGCAGCCACCUCUGGGCUCAGGAGGAAACAAACUGCUUCGAUCAGAUGUGGGACUCAUAUCCCGGGCCAACAGUGAUGACAGGAUGCAGUUUUCCAGCUCUCAGCCUGAUUUUGCAGCAGGCGGCUGCUGGGAAGCCAUGUUGAAAAUCAGCCAAAGUGAAGGCCAAGUCAGCUUCUCUCAGCCGACCAAGCCGGAGCACAUGUUGCUGGGUAGUCAGCUACUGGGCACACCGGGAGCCAGUCAGUCGCAGUGGCAGAGAUUGGUGCGGAGAAUGACUCGUUUCUUCACCACUGCGAAUGCUGACGUGUCCUUAUCUUCGCUGAAAGACGCCUGUGAUGGCCUGUCACUCUGCUUCAAACUCACCUGCACCAAACAGGUGACGGUGAGCACACUGGACAAACGCAAUAACAAACUCAUCUUCAAAGUCCACCUGCUAGAGAUGAAUCAGAGAGUGCUACUGGACUUCAGACUGUCUAAGGGUGACGGUCUGGAGUUUAAGCGUCUCUUUGUGAAAAUAAAACAGAAGCUCGGAGACAUCAUCAGUACUCAAAAGAUUUUACCCCUCAUCACAUGAGCAGCCUCUACACACAAAUGCACACUGCUAUGGACAUUGUGGAGAGCAAGCCUGUAUACAUUUAGCUGUUCUAUUGAUAUUUUAAAUGUAUGCUGCUGUUCUCCUCAAGUGUGUGUGUGUGUGUGUAGAUUUGUGUUUUCUUGUACUUUUAUCCUUGUGAGAACCGGUUAGAUGCCAGGGAGGAUAUUUUUAAAGACUUUGGUUAAAUCCUCACUUCUUUAGAGUUAGUUAUUAGGUCCAGUGUUUGGUGGUUGGUACACAGGGAUGGAAGUGUUUGUGUGUGUGAUUUGUUCUGAUUAUGUUUGACAUGAUGCAGUCUAAAGUCUUGAAUAAAUUAUUUAAAAAACAACAUUGUAAGAUAAAUGAUAUGUGAUAAAUUAUUCAUAUAAUGAAGAUGAACGCCAACUCAAAAAAUAAUUAUUUUAGGGUUAGGUAUGAGGUAAGCUGAGUGUUCAGUAUCCAUGCAUGAAAUUGUUAGAUACGGAAACAGCAGGUGCUGCUCAAGACCUAAAAUAAAAGGGUUUCCUUGUUAAAAAUAAAACACUCCUGUUGGCUGA